AUGAACAGCGAUGCAACGGAGGCUGCACUCGGUCUCCUCAGCCUCUCUCCCCUGAACAACAAUACAAUCCCUCAAAUCAGAAAACCAAUACCAAUUUCGACACCAAGACCACCGCCUACGACAAUAUCACAACCAGCGCCAUCAGCUAGCCCUCCUCUUCCAGACGCAGACGCCAUCAGCUGUAUAUGUGGGUUUCUCUUCGAUGAUGGCUUUAGCAUUGCCUGCGACGUCUGCUCUCGUUGGUGCCAUGCAGCAUGCUUCGAUAUUGUCGAGGGAGAGGUCCCAGAAGAAUGGCGCUGUUGGGACUGCGAUCCCCGUCCUGUUAACCGUGACCGUGCAGUCCGUCUCCAGAAGCAACACAGGGCAGGCUCGCCCGUACAGCGACGACGAGUCAGCGCUGCUGCUAUCGAGGGCUCUGGAAAUGCAAAAAAGAAACGCAGAGCAUCUAUCAUAUCCCCGUCGACACCGCACCCACCGCCGACCCCAAUACAGCACGGGGAAGACGAGCCAGUCAACAUCGACGAACCGUGGUCUCUGUCCUACGUCCCUAUCACUAAAGACAUCGUUACAACAGAAGCCCAUGCCAGACUCCGCAGACAAGCCCAGGCAUGGCGGGGCGUCACCGCCCUUUCACCACCCAUACAUCCCAACCGUACACAGAUCCACCCAGUUCCACCUGCACCCUCUCCAAGUCAGCUACACACCAACCCCCUCGUUCGUCCGCCCACCUACAGCCUCCACACAACUACACCGGUCCCUUCAUCCAGCUACAUUGCCCCGUUUACCUGCGCUAUCACCCCGAGCGCCUCUUACCUUGCCGACCCGCUCAAUGCGUACGCCCACCUCGGUAUGCCGAAGCCAUUUGUGCACCUCAUGGGUCCGCCGUUGGACGUUGCUCUCGAUGCGAGGGUCGUCGGCGAUGAGGGACGCUUUGCCCGGAAUGGGUGUCGUCCAAAUGCAGUGCUGAGGCCCUUACUGUGCCCCAAGGCAAAGGAUGAGAGGGAGAGGAGGGAAAGUGGGAAGAAGAAGGAGAAUGACAAUACAGACUCAGAUGAAGAAACCUUAACAUUUGGCGUAUUCGCACUGCGCGACCUCAAAGCCAACGAAGAAGUCGUUCUCGGUUGGGAAUGGGACGAUGGAAACGCAGUGCACAGUCUCCCAGCGCUCAUCGAAAGCCCACAUUUGUUCUCGUGCGUCUUUCUUUUAUCCUGUCCUCUUUUUUUAACCCUCAUUUUUUUUGUUUCUUUCUAA